ACGCAGUCCCCGCAGUCCACAGCAUACGCAGCCGCUACCUGCCAGGCGGAAUGGACGUAUCCUCCGGUGCUCCCAGCUUCACCCUCAGCCCAGCGGCGCCGCGGGAGAAGCCAGGCCCGACAUGACAGUGCCGGGACGGGAGAAGAAAGCGCGCCAGCAGCCGCGGGUGACCGUCCGGCCGGAGGCGGUGUGGGCUGCGGGUCGCUACGCCGUGCUGGCCGCCCUGUGCGCCCUGUGCUACAGCAACUCUCUCCACGGGGAGUUGGUACAUGACGAUGUGUGGGCUAUCGUCAACAACCCGGACGUCCGACUGGGCUCCAGCUUCAGAAACAUCUUCAGCAACGACUUCUGGGGCAAGAGGAUGGCGGACAAUACGAGCCACAAGUCCUACAGACCGCUGUGCAUCCUCACCUUCAAGUUGAACAUCCUGCUGGGCGGCAUGACACCUCUCUAUUUCCACAUCGUCAACGUGUGUUUGCACUGCAGCGUAACGUGCCUGCUUAUGCACAUGUGUGAGAGCUGGACAUUCGAAGACUCACGGCUGGCCUUCGUCACGGCACUCCUCUUUGCUGUGCACCCCGUUCACACUGAGGCUGUGUCUGGUAUCGUGGGCAGGGCUGACGUCUUGGCCUGUCUGCUGUUCUUGCUGACGUUCCUCUCCUAUAUCAGGAGUGUGGGGGUGUAUGUCUCUGAGGACGCUCUGCCCUCCACGGUGUCAGUGUGGUGUCUGCUUGUCAGUUUGUUGCUGGGCACCUGCGCCAUGCUGGUCAAGGAGACGGGCAUCACUGUGUUCGGAGUGUGCGUGCUCUACGAUGCCCUGGUGCUCUGCCGCAAGCCUCUCAUCUAUCACCUGUCUGGCUCCAGACGCAGGGACCUCUUCCAUAUCUGCAGCCCAUUCAUCAAACGAGCCUGUCUCAUCUCUGGAUAUGUGGUGAUCAUCAUGUCAGUCAGACUGUGGCUGAUGGGAGGAUCCAUGCCUCUCUUCUCUGAACAGGACAACCCUGCCUCCUUCUCCCCUCACCUGCUUACUAGGAUUCUGACCUAUUGUUACCUGCUGUCCUUCAAUGCCUGGCUGCUGCUGGCCCCCAUCAUGCUGUGUUACGACUGGCAGGUGGGAAGCAUACCCUUGGUGGAAUCGCUGGGCGACGUGCGCAACGUGGCCACCGUGCUGCUGGCUGUGGUGAUGGUCGCUCUCUGCCUGCGCUGCAUCUUCUCACUGCAGAGACAGGACAGCAGGGAGGUGUUGGUGGGCAUGUUGCUUCUGGUGUUUCCCUUCAUUCCUGCCAGUAACCUCUUCUUCAGGGUGGGAUUUGUUGUGGCCGAGAGGGUUCUUUACAUGCCAAGUAUGGGUUACUGUAUCCUGGUAGCUCAUGGCCUUGGUCGGUUGUGUUCGGUGGUGGGCCGUUGGGGCACCACAGUUCUCAGUGUCUCGAUGCUACUUCUGUUCCUGCUCUUCUCCUGGAAGACCGUCCAGCAGAACCACGUCUGGCUCUCCAGGGAGGCCCUCUUCCGCUCUGGUAUCCAGACUCUGCCUCACAAUGCUAAAGUCCACUACAACUACGCCAACUUCCUGAAAGACAGCGGCCGGCACCAGGAGGCCAUUCACCACUACACCACUGCCCUCAGGUUAUACCCCCGCCAUGCCAGCGCCAUGAACAACCUCGGCACUCUAACUCGCAACCCAGAGGAGGCUGAGCGCUACUACAGGAGAGCACUGGACACAAACCCUCAGCAUAACCGAGCUCUGUUUAACCUUGGAAACCUCCUCAAGUCCCAGGGGAAGGAGAAAGAGGCUGAGACUUUGCUGAAGGACUCCAUACGUUAUGGUCCACAUUUCGCUGAUGCUUAUUCUAGUCUGGCAUCACUCUAUGCUGAGCAGAAACGCUUUGCUGAAGCCAAUGAAGUGUAUCUGAAAGGAAUAGAGAACUGUCCAGACAGCUCUGACCUGCAUAAUAACUACGGAGUGUUUCUGGUGGAUACGGGAGAAGGUGAGCUGGCAGCUGCUCACUACCAGCAAGCUGUUAGACUCAAACCAGCACACUACGUUGCCAUGGUGAACCUGGGCCGCCUGCUCCGAUCCUCCAAUGAGAACAAAGAAGCCGAGUCUUGGUACAAGAGGGCGCUGCAGGUGACGAGGAAGGUGGACAUUUUGACUCCACUUGGAGCUCUGUACUACAACACAGGACGCUACGAGGAGGCCCUGCAGGUGUACAGAGAGGCAACUUCCCUGCAGCCAGACAGUACCGACAUCUGGUUGGCUCUGGCUCAGGUUUUAGCCAUGGCAGGUCGUCCCAAAGAGGCUGAGAAGAUGACCCUUGACAUCAUAUCCAGAGAAGGCAGCUGUAUCGAAUGUUACCGCCUCCUGUCCGCAAUCUACAGCAAGCGUGGCAACUACACAGAGGCUCUGGAUGCUCUGGACAGGGCACUGCAGCAGAACCCCAGUGAUCUAACAGUGAGAGCAGAGCUGUAUUUCUCCAAAGGAAACCAGCUCAGAGAGAUGAACCAGCUGGACCGAGCCUUUGAGAGCUACAAGCUUGCUGUGGAACUCAAACCUGACCAGUCCCAGGCCUGGAUGAACAUGGGAGGGAUUCAGCACAUUAAGGGAGACUAUGCGGCAGCCAGGAUGUACUACCAGCGAGCCCUACAUCUGAGCCCCGGUUCCAAACUUCUGAAGGAAAACCUGGCCAAAUUGGACCGGCUGGAGCGGAGACUGACAGGGGGGGCGUAGACCACUAUGAUGAACACUAUGAUCCCAGACGCUGCAUCGUCCAUGGCACAGAUCAGGGGAGCAUGGCCCCACCCAGCCCUCUGGAGCCCAAACACCAGUCACCAGGCUGCUGGAUAAAACGGACCUGGUUGCUAAGACAACCUGCCUGUUUGAAAGCAGAGGAAGAGGGUGAGCUUGUCUGGACUGCAGCGUGUUCUGAGGUGGACAGGGAGUACUGAGUCAAGAGACUGAUCAAGCCACAGGUCCAGAAACCUUUCCUGGUGUAAGCAGAAGGGAAGGGCCAGUUCCAUGUGUUGCCCUGUCUGCAUCAGCUUUACUUCAACAUGCACUUCUUGCUUUAGACAUUUGUGUUUGAUUGAUUUAUUAUUAAGGUUAAUGUGAAGUCUUUUUUUUUUUGGCGCUUGAUCACAGAUUAUAAUUAAGUGCUCUGCUCUGCCAAUGAGAAUUAUUCAUGUAUUUACAUUAGUGCAGUGAAAGUGUAUGGAAAAUUGUAUUGUUAUGAAGGGAAAAAGCACGAAAGGUCAUUCUCGACCUAUGAGAACACCAUGUGCAACAAAAUAAAAGUUCAACGGUCCACUUACUAGCUUCUCAGACCUUUCAUCCACAUCUCAAAGUCUUCUUCAGCUAACGGUGUUUGCUCGGGUCAUACACAGAUAAACAUCAGUCACGAUGAUGAUAUUUUGGUCAGUACUGACAAGUGUUCAGUCAGUACUGACCAAAAUAUCAACCUAAAUCCUCGACCACGAGUCAGAAAAUCAAAACAAACAAGAGGUUGGACAAGUCAUUGUUUUGUAAAUCACAGGCAGAUUUGGGAAAACUGCUUGAAGAUGUUGCUCCUGAAGCUACAGGUGAUCCUUCAUUGGAAGAGACGAGGGUACAGCAACACUACUGCUACAUGAUUUAAGCUACGCAACCCAAGCGCUACUGGGAAAUUUACUUAAACUAGGGACUUAACUACAUGCAGUGCCAUUACGCUACUCAAUACUGGUAUCUUAAGUUUUGACAAUGACGUUCUGAGUCAAGUUCAAAGACAUUGUCCUAAACUUUAAAGUUAAUGAGCUUAAAUCUUUCAUAUGAAAUAGACCUGAUAUCAAGUCAAAAAUAAGGUGAAGUCACAAGGCCAUGUGACGACACCUGAGCCAGCUCCAUUCACUUAAAUAUUAUGCUUGAAAGCUCCAAAAAGCUACUAAGUGGGCCUUUUGAAUUUGGAUUAUUAUUAUAAAAUCUGUAAAGCUCUCAAUUAUAUGACUUAUUAGAAAUGUAAUCAUAACAGUUGCUUUCUCCUUAGACUAUACUAUGUUCAUCUGACCUCCAUUUUCAGAACUGGUUACAGUAUUAGACCUGAUGUUGCGAGCCUUCUGCAAGUAUAAUAAGCUAGUGUGCUCCUGUGUAAGGAGUUGAAACUUGUGGCUUCAUGUGUACCAUAACCUCUGAAGAUUGCUGUUUGGUUGCUUCUUGUGGUUUUGUUGACAUUCAUGUUGAUUGUGGAUUAAUUUUUGUUGUGGAAUGACAAUUGGACGAAAGUGAAGUGACAAGUGCAAUGACUGAUUUGCAUCAAAUAAAUAAAGUAUAUGUUUGAUUAAAUGGUGUUUGGAAAAAACA